AAUAAGUUUCUUCCCCUUUAAGAAGUUGCGCUGUCCAGCACAGCUGGGAUUUCUAUACGGACAGAUAGCGCAAUGAAGAGCAGCGUCGACCCGUCAUCAUGUGCACCGGGCUUCCGAGGACUGCCUGUCUGCUGCGACUUCUUGCCCUCUGCAGCCUUCUCUCCUACGCAGCAGCCUAUUUCGGGCUUACAGGUCGCGAACCCCUGGUUUUUCUGCCUGGUCCAUUUUCCAACGAACCUCCGAACGGUAAAUUGCACCUGAAGCAAUGCGAGCAGAUGACCUUGACGCGUCGGCAGAAGCGCAUGUGUCGGCGGGAACCGGGGCUGGCGGAGACUCUGAGGGAAUCUGUCCGCCUUAGCCUCCUGGAGUGCCGCUAUCAGUUCCGCAACGAGCGCUGGAACUGUAGCAUGGAUGGGCGCGCAAGCCUUCUAAAACGAGGGUUCAAGGAGACGGCCUUUCUGCUCGCCGUUUCAUCUGCGGCACUGUCUCACGCACUGGCCAAAGCCUGCAGCUCAGGGCGGAUGGAGCGCUGCACCUGCGACGACUCUCCGGGUCUGCAGCACCGCGAGGCCUGGCAGUGGGGCGUCUGUGGAGACAAUCUGAAAUACAGCACUAGGUUUCUCAAGAAGUUCUUGGGGCAAAAACGGGUCAGCAAGGACCUGCGUGCCCAGAUUGACGCCCACAACAUUAACGUUGGCACCCGGGCAGUGAAGAGCGGACUCAAAACUACUUGUAAGUGUCACGGCGUCUCCGGUUCGUGCGGCGUGAGGACGUGCUGGAAGCAGCUCUCCUCGUUUCACGACACGGGCAACCUGCUGAAGUACCGUCACGACACCGCAGUCCGCGUGCACAGCAUCACCAACGCCGCCACGGGCGAGACGGAGCUGGCGGGACCACGUCGACACAGCAACACAGGCCCUCGCCCACGACCCACAGAGCUGGUGUUCUUGGAGGAGUCGCCCAGCUUCUGCAGGCCCUCGCGUUACUCGCCCGGCACGGCCGGCAAGACCUGUUCCAAAGACACCAGCUGCAGCAGCCUGUGCUGUGGGCGGGGCUACAACACAGCCCUCCGCCUCACCACCCUCUCCUGCCACUGCCAAGUCCGAUGGUGCUGCCAUGUAGAGUGCGAAACCUGUGUUCGAGAAGAGGAGGUGUACACCUGUAAGAAGCACUGAGAGCGAGACAUUGUAGAAGAACGAGGGGCAGAUUGGUAGUGCAUUACAGGAGAUGCAAAGAUGCAUAUCGGGAGGAUAAAGGUUUGGAGGUUGUCAUGCCAAAGGAGAUGUCACUUCACCUGGACACAGAGCGUUUGUGAGAUAUUUGACUAACAUGAAAGUAUCUUUUCUGCUGUCAUGGAAACCAAAUAAGACAAACCCUGAUUCUUGUCUUCAAAACGAGAGACUCAUGUUGUGAGAAAAUCCACUAACAGAGGUUUGAGUUUAGCUGAAGUACCCUCUGCCUUUUGAACUGUUGUGGUGACGCACACUUUAGGGCAAUGUUAGGGCAGUAAUACUCGAACAAAUACUAAGCUGUCUGCCCUCAGACUUAUCUUUGUGACUACAUUUCUACCUGUCUUUCUUUCCACCGCCUUUACUGCAUAUUUCUCUAUUGCUCUGAGAGUCCACAUAUAGGGCUUUAAAAUAUAUUGAGAGUAUGAAGCACUUCUGAAAGGUUAUUUGUUAAUAAGUUGUCUCUUAUUUGUAAGGAAGAAAGUACUUGUGUCUGUUAUGAUAUUCAAAGUUAUUAUGUUUUACAUAAAUAUCUAUCUGAAUUGGGUUGGCGUGGGUUGGUGGGUGGGAUUUGUUGAUGAACUGGAACUUAAUCUGCUUUUAUAGACUUUAAUGAAUGUUAGAAAAAGUUAUAUAAUCAUGUUUUGUGUCUUGAAUGGCCAUUAAAUGGCUGUAUGUGGUCAUAGAUAGGAAUGUAUUUAUUGCAGCUAGACAAAACGGUUGGAUCAAACACAAGUAGACUUUCAUAAAAUGACAUUUUCAUAUGAUUUUUAUGAGAUUCUUCACUGCGUAACAUGCCAUUUUCUAAUGGAGCAGUAUGUUAAAAAGCAUUAGGGUUGAGUAAAAGUGUGUCAGAGCUGACCCAAACUUGCCCUUUUCAUAGCUGUGUAUAGUGUGUGAAAACAUCUGGCUAUCUGAGUGUAUAGUCUUUAUAUUUUACAUUCCCACCAUGGGCAAUGAGAGCGAGUCUGUCUCAAUCAGAACAAAGAAAACAUCAGUGAACCUCUCGGCGUUCAUCAGUUCAUGCAUUCUCGUUCUCAUCAUAAGCCCUUUAAUGUGUGUGAAGCCUUUGAUAAGGUCCAGACGCCUAUUUACCCCAAUCAGAGCAAAUAACGGUACUUUUACUCUAACUUCUAACUACGACUUCAAGGUUUGCAUGGUGGUUAGAUUUCUUGUGAAUUUCCACACAAAUGACAAAAAGCGAGUUAUAUCGGUGCACUUUUUCGGGCACGUUUCUACAAUGCAAUACAAAGUAUUACUCAUAUACAUGUCCUGUUAAUGUUAUACAUCUCGAGCAUUUUUUCACUUAGAACUGAAGUCUGAUUUGAAGCAUGAGUGUAUGCGUGUGUACGUGCCUACUUAUGCGUGCGUAGGCUUAUGUCUGUGUGUGGUGUUUCUGGGAAGGGAGAAAACUGCAGUGAAAUUGUCCACAUUAAUCAAGAGGAAAAUUCAGUCCAAACUUUGAGUAGAAUGUCAAUCAGCUGAAACAUUUGUAAUCAUUAAAAUGUCUGAAAGAGGGUUUUGCUGUGACUAGCUGAACUCUUUCACCUGGAAUCGCUUUCGUUUCAAUGAACGAGACAAAGCAUGCUGAGUCAAACAUGCAAAUACCCGAAACCCCUGUGGUAGCCGCGGAAACCCAAAUGAGAUCAUUCUCUAGUUUUGUGUACAUGGGAGUGUGUGUGUACAUGUGAGCAUAUUAUGGAUAUGUAUGUUUCUCUGCUGCGCCUGCUGAAAUGUAUAGCACUAGCACAGCCUGUAUAUCAGGAUGUCUUCAAUGAACUUUAUGCGUUUAUAAAGGUCUGUGUGUUUAUUUGUGUUGUCAUAGCUUUAACAUUGUAAUGUUUCACUUUGUGUUUCAAAUAUUUCACGCCGGGGAUUUGUUUCUACUACCUCACCCGGUCUGUGGGGGAAAUUAAUAUUAAGAUAUUUUAUUCUUAUUAGAUAUUUCAGACAGUGCUUCUCUUGCAAGCUUUAGUCUGAAGUAAAGAUGCAUUUACCCAUUUUUUAACUUUUGUGACCUAUUUCCCUAUUUAAGAACCAAGAUAUCACUUUCAAAUA